AGCUGUCGGGAAAACGAGUUGGGAUUGUGGGGCUGGGAUAUAUUGGCUCCGAGGUUGCAAAAAGGCUUCAGGCCUUUGGCUGCAGUAUCUCCUACCUCUCAAGAAAGAAGAAGGCACAUGUACCGUUCCCUUAUUAUGCAAAUGCUUGCGACCUCGCAAAUGACAGUGACAUUCUCAUUAUUUGUUGUUCGCUGACAAAUGAAACCUACCACCUUAUUAACAAGGAUGUCAUAACAGCAUUGGGGAAAAAAGGUGUCAUCAUCAAUGUUGCGCGAGGGGCUGUUGUCGAUGAGAAGGAAUUAGUACAAUUUUUGGUGCAAGGUCAUAUUGGAGGUGCGGGUCUUGAUGUGUUUGAGAAUGAACCAGAUGUACCAAAAGAGCUAUUUGAAUUGGAUAAUGUUGUUAUGUCUCCACAUAAAGCUGUAGCAACCCCUGAAUCUCUCGAAUCAUUGCUAGAGGUAAACAUAGCGAACCUAGAGGCCUUUUUCUCAAAUAAACCUUUGCUGUCACCGAUUGACCUUGAAUAAAGUGGCCUAGAGGGAUUCUCAGAUUGACCUUUUGUUGUUGUGGAUUGACCUUGAGGCUUGAAUAAAGUGAUUGUCCAAUCUUUUCAUGUAUUGGCUUCGGAUAUAGGUAUUGGCAAAUGUUGACAUCAAGAGUUCAUAAGAUGAUCAAUAGAAGCUUCAUGGCGAGUUCAACAUGAGUGUGAAUGAUUGCAAGAGCGACGGUUCUGAUGUUGUGCGGUUCUUGUGGAUGAUAUUGUUUUGGCCUCUUUUUCAUGGCAUUAAGAACGCAACAAAUUGAGAUUUUCAAAAGUAAAUGAAAACAUUAUGUUUGGAUCUGUCAAUGUUUGUGGCGACUUCAACAACCCCGGAAAAUGAAGUAGCAUUUUUCGAACAAAUGUUGAUAGCACAAAUUUUAGAAGACAUUCUGAGAAAUUGUCAGGAAAGCAGGAGUGCUUCAGUUAUGCAAAUUGUCUGGAAAAUGAAGAGGCAAUUGCCGAACAGAGAGGAUUGUAACUUGUUUUUGGUAAUGAGACGUUUUCUUUUGUUAUUUUUUUUUUUUUUUGGUGUGGUUCUUUUUCAUUUGAUUGCUGAGAAAUUGUCAGGAAAGCAUGAGUGGCUCGCUUAUGCAAAUGGAUAUUGCUGUUGCAUAUAAUGAUUAUUAAUUCUUAUGUAA